AAUUCAGAAAAUGUUGGUUGUAAUUUUGAUUCAUAUACAUCAAGCCUAAACAGUAGGCUGUCUUUAAACAAAUAAUAGUUAAGUAAUUUGUAAGCCAGUGAAUAGAAUGAGGAUUGAGUUUUAGUUUGUGCUUAAUUUUUAAAUGAUGAGGAAUAAAUGGGUGCCAGAAGUUGAAUAGGGGUUUUCUUGCCUGCUGGACAAUAAAACAGGCUAAUAAACAAAAUAAUCACAUGGAGGAGGUAUAAUGAGAAAUGGAAAGAGACAAUAGUAUAAAUGCUUUUCAUGAUAAGUAGGAAUGUUUGGGCCUCUGAACAUGUUUCUGCCCUGGUUUUAUCCCAGAUUUGUUCAAACCUUUUUGUCUGGCAGUAUGUUGUGUCAGAAUUCUCCCUAACAUGAGAAUUUUGUUCAGCACUUUGCUCCACCUGCUCUGGUCAAAAUGAGCUUUGUGAACAGGGAAGAACUUUCAUAGUGUUGUGUGGGCUGAGACUGUAUCUCACUGUCGUGUUUCUUUUGCAACAAUGCUGGAUCAGGUGGUUUGUCUAGCAGCAGUCACGGUACUGGGACUUCUGGAACAAGCAUACUUCGCUCUCAUGGUGAUCUAUGCUAGGAGGAAGUAUUCAGUCUCUCCCCCAGCCACUACAGGACCACCAGAGUUUGAGAGAGUUUUUAGAGCCCAGGCAAACUGUUCCGAGUAUUUUCCUAUAUUUGUCUUCUCUCUUUGGUUGGCUGGAGUUUUCUUUAGUCAAGCUAUAGCUGUCGUCAUUGGGCUUCUUUACCUUUAUGGACGGUACCGGUACUUCCAUGGCUAUGCAGAAUCCACUCAGGGAAGACUGGGGCCUCUGUACUUUAGUGCAAAGUUGCAGUGGGUGCUGAUAGCUCUGGCUGGGCUGGGGAUCAUUUGCACCAUGAUCCAAGUAUACCUUUAAUCAUGUUGUGGGACUUGCUAAAACACACACAGAAAUUAAGUACUGAAUUUCUGCAUGAAGCUGAAGACAGAUAAUGCUUCACCCUUGAUGGUCUACCUAAAAAGGAAAGAAAAAAAGAAAAAUUCUAAGUUAGCAAGACUCUAGGUAUAUUAUUAUUAUUAUUAUAUUAUUCAUUUAUGUUUAUUAUGAGUUAUUACAUUUAGGUACAUUAUGCUUAUAACUAUUUGGUUAUAACUAUUUUAAUAUAAUACAUGUAUUUAUAAUUAAGAAUUAAAAUGUUAAAUUUGAUGCUCAAAAAGUCAUAUGGUUAACUAAUCUGAUGUGAAUGUUUUAUAAUGUAUUUUUCCAAUACCAUACCACAGCAUAUCUGCAAUUAAUUUUUAACUGUCUUGUGAACAAAAUAUUGUCUUCUCUAGAUAACGUAAAUUCUUAAUUUUCCUUUGUGUUUACAUUUUCUCUGAUUUAAAAAAUUGCUGACCCAAUGCAUUUUGUUUUCAGUGAAUCUGUUAAUAAAAACUUGUAGCUGGUGACAUCUCUAGAUUUGUUUAAAUUAAGGAAUGUAAAGCAAGCAUUAGCUUGCAACAAGGCUUAGGUAUUGUCACCUGUGAUUCCCAACAUGUAAACUGCAUUUGUCGGAUUGGUGACUUAAACUCUUAAAGUGACCAGUUCCUUAUUUAGGUUUUUUAGUAAGAUGUCACCCAAAUUUCAGUACUGUUAUUACAAUGUUUCAAAUAAA